UUUCCCCGAGGGACCAGCAGCGGUAGCUAUACUCCCUGCGGUGAACCGCACUGUGGACGGAGCCAUGCCGAUCUGUGACACUCUCCAUCCGGAUGAAUGUCUCUCACUUCACUGCUUCCACGGGGGAGAUGCGAUGAUAAUCCACACCCUUUCGCCACUUUGAAGCAGAUGAACGUGGAGAAAAGGAAUUGCCUGCAAGACCAGAGUACCGCCGUUGAACAGGAGAGGCUCUCGGUAAUGAACAGGGGAAUCAUUUCUGCUAACCAAGCAGAUCAGCGCACAAUACAGUGAGGGCUAAAGCGACAUAGCCUUUUUCGAGGAACAUCAAACCGGCGGGAAUGAUAAAAGAUUAACUCACGGCUUCUCAAACACUGAGAUACAGAGGCUUGAGUCAGAGAGAGGGCUUUGCAGGAAGGUCCAUACCUGGAUGCCAGGAUGCUUUCCCCCUGAUGGUGAUUUCUACAGGAGUCACAGUUAGAGGAGGUUUCGAGACCACUGUUCCCACAGGCCUCGUAUGCCCCUCCCCCUUCUCAGGCUCCUCCCUUUCUAAGCGCUCUUCUGAUGUAUCUCAGAACCCAUUGUUGAACGGUUUGAUGGAGAGCUGGUCGAAUGACAGCUGGAACUGUUGUCAUAACUGGAGGAAUUCUUGCCGCGGUGAUACUGCUGUGUAUUGUAGCAGUACUCUGUUACUGUAGGCUCCAGUACUACUGCUGCAAAAAGAAUGAAUCAGAGGUGGAUAUGGGCUCUGUGGUGGGGCGGGAGUCCCAGCUCCACAGCGCCUGCAACGUGUGCAACGCUGCUGGGAUAGACGGGCUUGCCUCCACCUCUCUCUCCCUCGAGCCUCUGGACCCAGGACCCCUCCAUAACUACUGUCCCACCUGCUCCCCCUGCUACCUCCGCUCCGGACUCACAGACAACAUGCGCAAUGGAGGGGAGCGUCUUGGCUUCCACACCUAUCACUACGACAACCCAGGGGUGUGUCUGCCCCUGUCCGUAACCCCUCAGGGCCCCUCCCCUCUGAGCUACUACAGCCCUGUGGACAUGUACCCUGUCACCAGGCCCUACAGCACCCAGGUCUGAC